UGCACACACUUGUCUGCUGACCAGCUAGAAACGUGACUGGCAAAUAACUGUCGAGGAGAUACAUACUUUUAUAUAUUAAAGAACAAGAAUUAUUUAGAAGACGAUUUUAUUGCUUGGAUUAUUUUUUUUGCCAUGACGGGAACCGUGACGGUACUCAUGUUGUCUGUAUAGGCUACAAUCAGGUCUUUGUGUACGGAAGUAUUUCUACUGUAUGUUGUACACAGAUGACGUAUAUUUGAUAGGACGUAUCUAAAUGUACCAUGAAUGGAGAUGUAUGACAGACUCUUAUAAUUCUCAAAGUGUAUAGUGUGCUGUCAUAAGAAUGCACACAUAUUUGCUUUAGACCGUGCCUGGGUCAGGGACCGAACACAUGCCGGUCAGUACGUUUGGGUUCGGUCGCCUCUCCGCCGAGGGGAAAGUCGGAAUCGCCUCGGGGGUUGUUUUUUUCUCCAUACUCAUUUCUAGAACAGUAAUCUCGGAGCGGGUUGACAAAGACACACGUGCACUGUUGUUUCGUAUUCAGUUUCUCCUGUUGCUCAACACCCUGCUGCUCCUCGGCUCUCUCUUCAUCUGGAAACGUGUGGUGAGGCGUCUGUUGGGGACCAGAGGUGCACCUACAUCCCCGCAGAAAUGCUGGCGGCUCGUUGUUCUGCUGUUUCUCACUCUCGCUCAUGGCAGUUACCUAAGCAUGUUCUUCCUCGUGGACACAGAACCACACUGGUUGUCAUUGCUGAGCUUCUCUUGUUUGGGUAUUUAUGUAAUUCUGUUGUUCUUCCUGAUGGUUUUUGGCUGCUUAAACCGCCUUCGCAGGCUUCUCUCCCCCAGCCGAGGUGAUGAGGAUGUGGUUGCAAGUGGAUCAGCCAGCCAGCCAGUGCUGGCAUUGAUAGUAACAGCAAUAUUGGCAGUGUAUGGUUUAGUAAAUGCUGCACAGCCUCCGCAGGUAAUAGAGGUGGAAAUCCCACUGGAGAAGCUCCCAGAGUCUUUGAGUGGGCUCAAGUUGGUGCUUCUGUCUGACAUACAUCUGGGACCCACUAUAGGCCGCUCCAAAUUGCAGCGCAUUGUUACUAUGGUGAAUGAGCUGGACCCAGAUGUGGUGGUGAUUGUCGGUGAUUUGACCGACUCUCAGGUGACUCGGUUGAGGAGUGCUGCAGAACCACUGGGACAGAUGAGGGCUCGACUGGGCUCAUAUUUCGCUACAGGCAAUCAUGACUACUACACUGCUGAUGUUGAAGGCUGGUUUGAACUAUUGCGCUCAAUGGGGAUCGAGCCACUUCACAACAGCCAUGCAAAAGUGUUCCGCCCUGAGCAAACUCAAGACUGGAUUUGCCUGGCAGGCAUUGAUGACUUAGAGGCCCGCAUGCUACGAUACCCCGGCCAUGGCAUGGAUGUUGAGAAAGCUCUUAGUGGUUGCAGUGCACAGAGGCCCAUUAUUCUUCUUGCACAUCAACCCCAUGCUGCCAAACAGGCCCUCCAGCAAAGGCCAGACAUCAACCUGGUGCUCUCAGGUCAUACACAUGCUGGUCAGCUGUUCCCCCUCACCGUCCUGGCAUACCUGGUCAAUCCGUUUUUCUGUGGACUCUACCAUGUCUCUGAACACACUAUGGUCUAUGUUACCCCUGGGACUGGUUAUUAUGGCAUCCCAAUGAGAAUUGCAAGCCGUUCAGAAAUCACAAAAAUUGUACUUACACGUGCCUGAGUGUGCACACAUUUUCCGCCAUACACAAUUAUCACCUUGCAUGCUGUCACAAUCAGUUACAUUGUAAUUAUUUUGUAAUGUAUGCAUAAUUAUGUUAUCCCUAGGCAUACAAUCUUUUCAAAAUGGAAAGUGUUUGCAAUAUGAAUUGCUAUAAUAUCUGCACAAUCUUGAUGAACAAAAUGGCUCAUGUGCAGCAUCUUGAUCAGAGACACACAUUCAUUCAGAAGUUUUGUUGUCUUUAAGCUAAUAGCUUUUUUAUUAUCAGUGUGGUAAUGUUCUGCUAUUUGUUUGCCAACAUAUUUGAGCAAUUCAAGCAUUUUAAUGUGAUAAUCAUUUUCCAAAAGCUAAUUUGAAAGGUUUUUGGACUGUUAUACCCAGGCCUCUUUAUUUUAAUUGCAGAUUGUGACAGCUUGAAUCAAACUUGAAUUCAGUGCACUGUUUUCCUUGUCACAGCUGUAAGUCAAUCAGGGAUUUCAUUAAUAAUCUGCUGUGAUCAUUAAAAGCUUUGCUUAUUAAAGGUUGUUACAGCAG